AUGGCAGUAUUCGUAUACGCUACUCGCCUAGAAGGAUGCCAUACAAACUCGGCGGUUGCGAUCUCCGAGUAUGACGUGAGCGGCUUUCCUGGAGCUGAAGGCAAGGCGUUGCCCCCUACGUACACUUGGACCCCUCUCAUCAAGGCCCCUCUGACAACCGCAGGCAACAAUGCCAGCCUAACGUCCCAAACACAUUCAUCCGGAUCACUUGCCGGACCAGGAGCAUCGGGGACCUCGUCCCAAACCAAUUUCAAGGGACCAGACACAUCUCAACAAAUUAAGGCGAAGAGAUGCCUCGCCUUUGUCGACGACUACAGAAAUGAUCGUCUCACCAAGAUAGAAGCACUCGUCGAUAUCAUCAGUACUGUUUCAGGAGUGGUUGCAAACACGCCUGGACGAAGAGUUGCUACUGUGGCAGAGCCAUACGCCACCAUGCUCGACCGCUGGGACUCGGAGAAAGCUCGAGUUAGCGGGAGGUCAGCAGAUAGAUCCCCUCUUCUAGAGGAUAAUAGGAGUCGAGAAGGACGCACUGAGCGAGGAGAACCUGCUCAGAAGCGCACCAAGCUUGACUUUUCAUUCAUCGGUAAAUCCGAGCAGCUCAAACCGCUCUCGGCCAACCUUCAGCGAACCAACGAGCUUCUUGCCAACUGGUCAAAGGACCAAAAGGAGGUUCUACGCCGACUUAUGUACCACAGUUGUUCUCCAGAAUUCCAUGAGUCUGGGUGGGAAGAAAUUAUCGCAGGCAGGUGCAUUGACCUCGAUAUCGUCCAUACCAUCAUCGUCACUUCUCGAGCGGUUGAGAAGCACACAGUAACCAUUGGGGAGGUUGAAAUAUGUUUUGGCACGGAGGCCACUAUGAAGAUUACGACCGAGUCAGAGUGGAACGCAGCAUGGAACCGAGCGGCUCGCGCUCUCAGGUUCGCUUUCCCUCACCGAAGGGCUGAGCUCGAUGCAUACUUUGAGUAUAUCUCCGGUAUGUUCGCGCAGUCUGCCAAAGCCGCCCAUGGAAAAAUCAUUCUGUUUGAUAAGGCAGUCAGGAACAGAGUCGGAUCAUCACGCAGAUACGAACUCUGCGACUUCGACGCCUUCCAAGACAUACAUCGUAUGUUUUUCCACCCUGUGUAG